CCCGCAUCGUUCAUUUCAAAACUUGAUCUCAAGCACACAAAUCGAUACCGACUAGCCAAUCUCAACAACCAGCUCAGCACUGCAACAACCAUGGUCAUGGGCAAACACACCGAUCAAAAAGUUGCCACGGAGGAGGAAUUCUUCACGUUAGAGCAAGUGCUGAACGAGACCGCUGACGAGACGGCGAGCUGCCUGAAGCUGCUCAAGAAGCACCUGUCCGACUACGACAGUCGCAAUGACAAUCAAUCCAGGAAUACGGCGGCGUCCUUCAUGCGGACCGAUAUGCGCAAUGCCAAGGAUACGGCCUCGGACCUGAAACACGUGGCCCACGAGAUCAACAGGAACCAGAAGCCGUCCAAGACGGAAAUCGCUUCUGCUCGUAACAUGAUGGACUCGACGGCCAGAGCCAUCGAAACCUUGAAGACUACGGCUCGCAACUACGAUAGAGAGAACAAGCAGCGCAUGGGAGUCAAGGGACGAGUUGAUGCCGCCGUUGGUGGGCGCAAUAACAAGGGAAUGGGAGACAACCGCGGACUGCAUGGUACAGGUGAGAUGCACAACGCGAGAGAAGAUGAUCGCGGGUACUUUGGCAAGAACGAGAACGAGCGACGUGAGGACCGUGGCUUCGUCGGUAUGAACGAGAGUGGUGCAGACCGUGGCUUUGUUGGAAAGAUCGAGAAUGAGCAUGGUGAAGACCGUGGCUUCGUCGGAAAGAACGAGAGAGGUGAAGACCGUGGCUUGUUCGGAAAGAACAAUAACGAGCGAGGUGAGGACGGCGGCUUCUUAGGAAACACCAGUGCAUCUUGCGGAGGUGUCUUGGACAAGAACCGGGAAGAAGGAAAUGCACACGGAGGCAUGUUGGGGGGUGUCAGGAAUGAGGGCCACCACAGCGGUGCUCUCGGCGGCAAUAAAGACGAUAACGGAGGCGUCAUGGGGAGCUCCGAGACCGUGGAGACGCUCGUGCGUAAGAUUCUUCGCGACCACUUCAGCCUCAGCGCGCUAGACCACCAGAUCAAGGCUGCAGAAAAGUCUCUCUCGCCGUCUCUCAUGGAGCGUGCGAAGGAGAAAAUGCAUGACGUGAAGGAAAAGAUCAAGGGCGACAAGUCCGAACCCGUUCAUGAAGGACACGGUUACCCCCACGAAGGCCACCACCACCAGCAAACGGCGAUGCCGUAAAAGAGAGAAGGUGUGCAAGUGGAAACGAUAUCUAGUCUAGCACUUUAGUAGCCAGUUCAAUAUGAACCCUUUGUGAUCCA